AUGAUGAAAGCAAAAGGAAGACAUCCUUUCAAAGGUAAGGGAAAGGUAAAAGAAAAUUCUUCCGUUAAUAUAAAAUGCUUUGGUUGUGGUGAAGCAGGGCAUAUGAAGACCGAAUACCCAAACAAGAAAAAUGAUGAACACAAGGGCAAAAAGCAAUUCAAGAAGAAAGCAUAUAUUGCUUGGGAUGACAGUGAUUCAAAUUCAGAAUCAAGCGACUCAGAAAUUGAAGCAAACAUUUGCUUGAUGGCAAAUAACAACAUUUCUUCGGAUUUUGAGGUUAGUGAUUCCGAUUCAUCCUCUAGUGAAGAAAAUGACCAUGAUGAAUUGCAAAAUGCUUAUAAUGAGUUAUUUACUGCAUUUAUGGAUAUGAAAAAAGAAUAUAAAGUUGUAAAGAAAAAUCUAAGAAGAUCCGAAAAGGAAAAUGAGUCCUUAAAAUUGAAAAUUGCAUGUUUAGAAGAAAAGGAAAAUGA